AGUGCAAAGGAACUGGAAUAGGUCUAUAAUAACAUGCCACUCCCUUUGGGGAAUCCCCCAACAAACACAGCUUCUGCCUUGCGCCGACCAAACUCGUCGUUCACAUGGCGCUUCACUCUUGCGGGCAACUCACACAGUCCGAGUGUACUUCACAAGUUUAUCUAGUACUAGUUCACCAGUACUAUCGUUAGUUUGAAGUUGAACUUGGGCCAGUUCACUUCUGGUCUUGUGCGUUUCGUUCAGCUGCAGACAAUGUUGUCGAUAGGGUCUUAACGCAACGGAGAGAGAAGGUUUUUUUUUCGCUCUGUGGUGUUUGCGAAGCUAUUGGCGGUGGCAUGAAACGAAACAACACUUUGUCCCCGUGGAGUCACAGCGGAACAACUAUAUUUCAGGCGAUAUCAACUUUAUCUAUUUGGAGCAGACCCUCUCCAAAGCGCCGGGUACAGGGUCGGGAGCAGGACCAAUUCUGACUGCGGCAUGGCGAGCGGCGACGAGGAGAAGGGGAAACUCGACUUGCUGGAGGACAACCGAAUUGACUCCGGUAUCGACUCGUAUAAGUCAUUUUCAAAGGACGAGCACCAUCCCAAGCCGGGGGGACACGCGCACAGGCCCGGUGAUGAUGGGGAGGUUAGAGACAAACUCGAUAGCGUGGUCGAGGAACGCCACGACUCCGCGUAUAUUUCAACUUCCAUUACAGUCGACAGCCUAACUGACAUUUUAGAAAAGACUUGUUCCACAGCAGACCCUCGGGACACGGGGAGUGAGGAGACAUCUGAUCCCAACGAAGGCGAAGUCGAUCUGGAUCUUCUAACCACUAUCACAGACGAUGGAGACACCUUCCUGCAUCUAGCAAUAAUCCACGAGGCUACAGACUGUGCAAACCAGUUGAUUGAGAUUUUCCCCAAAGAGGUCCUGGACAUACAGAACAAUCUCUACCAGACUCCUCUGCACCUGGCCACUUACCUGGACCUGCCGGCGGUGGUGCAGCGGUUGGUGGAGGCCGGAGCCUCGCUGUUCCUCCAGGACCGCGUUGGGAACACCCCCUUGCACGUGGCCUGUGAGCAGGGCAAGAGCGAGUGUGCCACCAAGAUGACGCAAAACGCCACGGCCAGCCAGCUCAAACCUGUCAUGGAGGCACAGAACUGGAGAGGUGUCACCUGCCUCCAUGUGGCCACGAUGCACAAGCGUCAUCGUCUCAUGAAGCUCCUCAUUAAGAAAGGCGCCAACCUGAACGCUCAGGAGGGCACGAGUGGGAAGACCCCGUUACACAUGGCCGUGGAGCUUCACGACGUGACAUCGGUCACCUUGCUGCUGAACCAGGGGGCCAACGUGGACGCCGCCAUGUUCAACGGGUGCACGCCGCUGCACCUGGCCGUGGGCCGCCAGGACGCCGCCAUCGCCAACCUGCUGUGCCAGUCGGGCGCCGACCAGAUGAUCCGCAACAUGGAGGACGAGACAGCCCUGGAUCUGGCCGACGGAAACGACCACAUGCUUGCCCUUUUCCUCUUUGAUGACAUUCAGAUGUCUGGAAGGCCGGUGGUUGGAGUGAACUUCUAAGAACCAAAGAUCAAGUUGAGGCUCAGUCACAGAACGAGCCGUAACACCUCUCAUUUACCAAGAACCUCAUAGUAUCUGUAGAUAUUUAAAUAUGUAUAGAAAAAAAACAGUAUCUCUAUCUAAAGUGGCAGUUGCUUCAAGUCAACAGGUGUGUGGAGUACAUAUCUCCUGAGUUUUCAUAGAUUUGGCUUGAAAAUGUGUUUACAACAUUUAAUGGUACAAAUAUUUAGAAAACAGAAAAACAUGUUAGGUUGGUGGUUAUGAUGUAUAUCUCAAGGUGAAGAAUUGUCAGUCAUUAUAGUACACUGCAUCAGGAUAUUUCUUGGAAGAUAUAUGAUGCAUUAUAUGCCUUUCUGAAUCUUUUAAUGACAUGGAAAUACUGUUCAAGAUUGUGGAGUGGCUGUGUGAGACAAGCUUUUCAACCAAAAUAGGUUUAUAGAUUGUCUUUACCUUGUAAAUUCAGGAAUGCUUUCCUCUUCCCUUACAGCUGUCAUUGUUUUUGUAUGUUACAUCGUUGUCUGAAGUGCAUUGCUGGCCUUGAAAACAAUUGCAUUAUACUCAGUUCAAUCAGAUGAUUUACACUGACAUAUGAAAACGCACUCAUAUUUGUCAAUUCAGCUUUUAUUUAAAUAUGCGAUUCUGCCUUGACUGCUCUGUGUGUGUGAUGGCAAUUUACAUCAUACAGUAGGCCUACUUGUCUAUGAGAUGUUAAUUUUACUUUCUUUGUCAUGAAUACUGCGUAUUGCUUUUUACUAGUCAUCCUUAAGUUUUUUUUUCCUCUGGAUGUACAACAGUAGACUAUAUUUUCUAAUAAAACAAGUAAGCUCA